AGUCCUCUUCCAUUCCUCAGUUCACCACUGGCACCUGUACCGAUGCUACGGUACAUAGCUGCGAGCUGUGUGGCAAAGGCUUUCGCUUGCAGCGGAUGCUCAACCGUCACAUCAAGUGUCACAGCCAGGUGAAGAGACACUUGUGCACCUUCUGCGGAAAAGGCUUCAACGACACCUUUGAUCUGAAAAGACAUGUCCGGACCCACACUGGAAUUCGUCCAUACAAAUGUGAGGUUUGCAACAAAGCCUUCACCCAGCGCUGUUCCCUGGAGUCCCACCUUAAGAAGAUUCACGGCGUGCAGCAGCAAUACGCCUACAAACAGAGGCGAGAUAAACUUUACGUGUGCGAAGACUGUGGCUACACAGGCCCCACGCAGGAGGACCUGUAUCUGCACGUUAGUAACGUUCACCCCGGAAGCGCUUUCCUGAAAAAAACCUCAAAAAAACUUGCAGCAGUUUUGCAAAACAAACUGAGCCCUGUCCUGCAGAGGAACUCCAAAGAUGACGACAAAGAUGAGUAACGUGGUGGAUUACAGUGGUCUAAAGGAAUGAAGUUUACAUGUAGGACGAUAUAUAUAUUAUUUUUUUAAAAACAAUUUUGAAAGAAAUCCAUGAAAUGAAAGGGACACUUUUGUUAUUGGGACUCUCUUGAUGUUGGUAGAACCUCGACUUGAAAGAAAUAUUCCCAUAUACAAUGCAAACAUCAGACUAUUUUUAAUUUUUUUUUUAAGCUGGCCAAAAAAAAUUGAAAGCUUGGAAGAGGCUGUCACCUCUUGGAUGGAAUAUUUACUGAAUUCAUAUUCUGGCAACCUGUUUUCUGUUUCAGCUCUACCACACGUCCGAGUGGCCACUGACAAAUAAAUUCAUCUUUCCCCAACAUAUUUUGUAAAGACAUUAACUAUUACCUCCUGUACAAAUUACUUUUGAGAGGUUUGGGUGAAAAGGGCCAUGUAAGAGCAACUACUAGUACAUUGUUCUAUGCAAAAUUAAUUAAAAUGGUCUUAAGAGCAGGAGUACACUGUAUCAGUAAAUUAAGUUAGAAUGUGCAAAUAACCUUAACUCUGCCCCCGGUGCAGUACGCUAACAAUUUAUGGAAGCGUGGUCCAAGGUGAGCUGAAACUUUUUUUUUAAAGGAUGCAGAACUUUUUCCUCCCAAAAUUUCUGUACUAGUAAAUGGCAUUAUUCCAGGGCAGAUUUACGGUUGUGGUUUAGGUACUUUAAGCUGUGAACUUCUAUCAUGUUUAGAUUUAAGUGUAACCUUAACUCUGAUGUUCCUGGACUUGUCACACUCAUUUUGAGGAUUAUUACCACAUCCUUUUAACAUACAUCAACAUCAACCCAGAAAUCCAAAGAAAACACUUGAAUGACUUGAAGAUAUGUAUUUUCUGUCAUGUUGAAAUGCAAUUUUGUGUGUAUUUUAUGGUGCGUAUGUGUGUGCGUGUGCAUUUGGGAUUUUUUUUCCUUUUGAUGAUCAAGUGCCUGGUCACUAAUACAACAGAGCAGUGCAAUGCAGUGCAAAGGGAGAUCAGAUUUGCCUGUCUCUGCCUCCUGAGGUCAGUGCCAAACUGUGGACAUGAGUCUGGCUGCUCAUCUGUCACCACUGUUGGUUUAGAAGGCUCCAAGUGAGAGCAAUACUGCACAGGCAGGGGGUGGUGAUGAUGAUGAGGGACUGGUGGUACUUAUCUGUGCUUUUGGCCUUACCCUAGAGUCCUGCUCCAGCUCCUGUUGACCCAGAACCACUAAGAGGGUAGCCUAUAGGGACGACUGCAUGUCAACUUAGGGAUUUCAGAAAAAGGAGAGAGGGAUGCCCAUGUAACUCAUGUUGCUGAAGCAGCCUGAUACUAAAGCUCUUGAGAAGCUGCUGCAGCCUUUACUGGGCACUUGGGUGUCUGUAUUAGAAGUGACAGGGUGUGGUGGUAACUUCCUCAGAACCACAAGGUACUCUGGUCCAAGCACGUGUGUCUCUUGACUUCAUGGACACAGCUGCUAAGCAGGUUUUACAUCAAUUUAAAUGCAUAAAGAUUAAUGGAUUUCUUUUGUAAAUUUCAAUAAUUCAUUCUGUGCUCAAAAUGAAGCUGUACAUUUGGGGAGUAUAUGCUAUAUUCUAUAUACAUUGAAACAACAGCUGAAAAGUAACUCACCAAAAAUACAGUCACAGCCAGGACCCUCGUAGUCAUUAUUAUGAUAGAUUCUGAGCAUCUCUGCAAGAAUUGUAAAAAUCCUUUCAAUUUGCCUCAGUUUUGUACAGGAAUCUGCUUUGGGUUUUGUGGGGAAAAGCUUCUAGGGGUUUUAAAGCAUUUCUAAUGAUAUUAAUACUUUAUUCAGCACAACUGUCAAAGCUCUGGACCUUGAAAACGAGGAUAAUAAAGUGAUGCUACUGUGUAAAGAACAAACAUCGUCCUAUGUAACGGGAAAGUUUGCAGAAUACUUUAAUAAA